CGAGAGAAAAAACCAGUGAGAGAAAAAAACCGAACGCACGUGCGAGACCGCGUAACUCUCGUCUCUCUCCAAAACCACCGCCGCCGCCCUUUCCCGCAUCUGGAUGCCCUUCCCUGCCUCCGCGCCGGCACCGCCCUUCCCCAUCUCAGCCGCCUCGCAUGUGCCGCAUCGAGGCCCCGCCACCCCAACGAGUCUCCGUCGCCGUUUGCGCCCACCCCCUCUUCGUCGGCCCUCCCUUGAGUCCCUUCGUCCAACUCCGCGAAGAUCGCCUACGUGCUCCAGGACAGCGGCACCGUCGAUCCCGGUCAAGGAAGGCGACGCCCUCUCGCUCCCCCGCCCCCUGCCUACGCAGGGAGGCCGAAACUAGCGCCGCCGACCUCAAAUCCUGCCUGCCAUGGCGAACCCCCUGCCCAGCACGAGCCAUCCUGAUCGUAAGAUCUCCCUCCCUCUUUUGCUCCCUCUCUCCUUGCAGGCCGAUCCCCCCACCCCAAUCCAAAAAAAGGUUUAGCUACUUUCAGUUUGGUGUCUUGGAACUUAAGAAGCCAUUGUGCAGAUACAGGAAACAAGAUAAAACAAAGAACCUGGAAGAGGAGGAGGAAGAAACAUGAUGAGAAGAGGAGAAAUAACAAAGAGAAGGGGAAAAAAUGCAAAGAAAGAAGGACAAGGGGAUUUUUUUUUAUCUCAUGCCAACAAUAUAUUUUACUUCUUUGAAUUCGUAAAUAAGUGUAAAAAUCUGGCACCUUGCUUACCUGCACUUAUAAUCAAUCAGAAUAUUAAACCAACUGAAAAUUGCUUUAGGUUAAGAUCUGAAUUAGUCAGUAUAAGAGGUAUUUGCACUGUAGCAUAUCUCUGAAAAUACAAUAAGGACAUCUACAUGGGAGCUUAGAAUUGACAUAUGUGUAGUCUGUAUGUACAAGAUUACUGCCAUGUUGUCUAAAUAAUAAGUAAAACACAGAGAACAAUCAGUACACGCAUUUCUGAGAGUUAAAGUGAAAGUGUUGUCUUUUCGAAUGCAGCCGUAAACAUCCUGUUUGUGGUAAUUUUCACCUGCUGUUUUCUGCAGAGAGUGGGCGUGUGUUCGCUACGGCCCUGCAAGCUCAUAGUUUAGUGUUCUAUAGACCACUGAAUUAUUCUAGAAAGCAGAGUUAUUUGAGGUGUUUUCAUAUGAAUGGUUUAUCAUUAGUUCACUGCACACUGAUGUAUGAUACAAUCUGCUAAUGUAGUUACUAAAUUUGGCUUAUUGUGGGUGCAUCUGCUAAUAAUUUUCUUAGCAGAAGUUUGGUUUACUAGACUUUGCCAAUGUUUUGAUGAAGUGUGAUAUAUUUAGGUACAGUAGAGGAUGGUCCAGUCAUGCCCCAUUCAAUGACCCCCCUCUAAUCAUCAUUUUAUAAAAACAAUAUUUUUAUUAUAAGUUCUGUGUUUUGUGUGACCUUUAUUAAACCUCCGAUUUUGUGUUUUCAUUUAUUCAUUCAUAUUCACUGGGUGACGUGCUCUUUUAGUUGUUCAUUCAUCCUCAAGGACAUUUAAGGUACAUAGAAAUAGGUAAGAUGUGCAAAGAUUGGAUGGGAAGUGUAGCACUGUAGGAAAAUCUGUGAAACUAUAUUGAUAUUAAAGUUGUAUCGCUGGACCAUGAUGUAGUGUGCACUGUUUGAUGAAAAACUAUAGGGAUUUCUUGACUGGUUUUGUGGCUUGUCCCAUCCCAAUCGAAGUACAUUUUUCCAUAAUGUGCAUUCUUUCUUGACUGGUUUGAUUAAACAAGAGAUGGCACGAGUUGUAGCAGAUGAGUUUCAAAAGAGUGGUACAUUAAACAAUGUUACAGUCUUGUAGCUUUCCUAUUCAGUUUCUGUUUCUUGAUAUAUAAUUCCUACUAUGUUCUAUGGGUGUACUGAUGUUUAGGGCAGGUAAUUGUGGAUACAAGCAAUGAGAUUGGUGGGGAUGGGGAUAUUCCUCAUGCUGCAAUUGGUGGCGCAAGAAGAAUGCAAGUACCUGAACCAUCAAUGCAACAUAGAGUGAUGAUUGAAGUAGUUGAAAACCAUAUGCCUGAAGUAGUGAUUGUAGAUGAGAUCUGAACUGAAACAGAGGCUCAAGCCUGUCGGUCAAUUGUAGAAAGGGGUGUCAUGCUUAUUGGUACUGCCCAUGGAGAAAGGCUUGCUAACAUUAUAAAGAAUCCUGUUUUAUCUGACUUGAUUGGAGGAGUCAAAACUGUUACUCUUGGUGAUGAGGAAGCUCGUGCACGACACACUCUGAGAAGUAUUCUGGAGAGGAAGGCCCCUCCAGCGUUCCCUUUCCUUGUUGAGUUGAGGGAGCUGACACUAUUGGGUGACUCAUCGGGUAUGAAUAUAUAUGUCAAAUGGUCAAUGUGGACAAGUAUCAAGUAUGUAUCUUUUCAGCUUUGUGUUAACAUGGUCAAGGCGAUGCGUUCAGCAGGAAGCUGCGAAACAGUGCUUCCCGAGCUUCUCCGAGAGGUACAGUUAAUUUUGGGUAAAAUUACACCAAAACUGCCCUCCCGAACCGUUCCUCUGCGCCUCUAUCCUCUUCUUUUCCCCCCGAGCGAGCCGCCCCCCACCCCUUCUCUUCUGUUCUCCCGAGCACAGCCGCCAGCAGUUCUCCUCCCGCAGAUCCGCGCCGCCAUGCAAGAUGCGACCGACGGCGACCCUCCUCCGGUGAAGAUCCCAUCCCGGACCAUCUCCCCCGCCGACCUGCUCCGCCCUUCACCGACGAACUCCGGCCUGCUCAUCUCCCUGUCCUGCUCCAGCCUGCACUUCCUCUGCCGAGUCGCUUGCUGCUGCGAGGUGCUCCAGCCUUCUCCGAACUGCUCCGCCGCCGGCUAGUCUGCAACAACGCCGUGCACCUCCUCCAGCCGAGGACCACCCGUCGAUGGCGAUUGGCUGCCCUUCCUUCAAGCUGCUCAAAGUUUUGCUGCUGAUCUUCAAGUUGUUCCUCCGGACGCCAACGCUCUGAGCUUUUAAUGCUCAAAGUUUUGCUACUGACGAAUGUCCUGAUGAAUUGUACUAUGUCUUUCUGUUGUUGUUGCUGCUCCAAGUGUAGCUUACUUGCUAACUCAGAAAUUUUAAGGAUCUAGCUAAUGGACGAAAAUGUCAGAUCUCUGAAAAGUCGCUCUUUCUGAAAUAUUUGGUGUUUCUGUGUGCAUUGAUAUGGAAUAGGUGUUGUUUUAGCAAAUUUUUGGGGCAAUAUAUGCGCGUGUCCUGCUCCCAAUUUUGGGGUGCAUGUGUUAUGAAA